GAGCGGCUGUGCCACAAGACUCCACAUGGCUUUCUCACACAUCACUUUUCAGUCAACAACUUUAGCUGAGCUGCUGACUUUUGUUUUUCGUCCCUUCAUCCUUAAAUUUAAAACCAUACCAAUUCUUAAUUAACAGUUGAAGAAGAUACUUCAGCAACUGGAAUUAGCUCGGUUUGUUAAUACCAGUCCAUACGCAGAUUUUAAUAAUGGGUAGAGCAAAGAAAACACGGGGAUUUCGGCAGCAAUUUGCCCAAAUGAAGAGAAUGAUCAGUCUUAACGAUCCACGAUUAAAAGCCAAGGAUCGACAGACAUCGAAAAAGAGUAAAAAUAAAUUAGAAGCUGAAGAGCCACCUAAACGUGAAGUAGCACAGCGAUCUACUGCCCUGUUCUUUGACUACAAUACACAACUUGGUCCACCCUUUCACAUCCUGAUUGAUACUAACUUUAUCAAUUUUUCCAUUCAAAACAAACUCGACAUAUUCCAAUCAAUGAUGGAUUGUUUAUAUGCAAAAUGUACACCGUACAUAACGGACUGUGUUAUGGGCGAGUUGGAAAAACUUGGGAGCAAAUACAGAAUAGCACUAAAAAUUAUCAAAGAUCCCAGAUUUGAACGAUUGCCUUGUUUUCAUAAGGGAACAUAUGCAGAUGACUGUUUGGUUCAACGGGUGACACAACACAAAUGUUACAUUGUUGCAACUUGCGACAAAGAUCUAAAGAGGAGAAUACGAAAGAUUCCUGGAGUACCCAUUAUGUACAUAGCACAGCACAAAUUUUCUAUUGAACGGAUGCCAGAUGCCUAUGGCGCACCACGCAACUAAACCUUAAGAUUAGCGCAGUUAUGUUUUGCAUAAAUGGAUAUUUCCUGUUUUUGAUCCAAUUUUGUUUCAAAUUCAGUUUCACCUCGUAAAAAAAUAAUUUGAAGUUAUCAAUAUUUCAAACAUUAUUUUUACAUUUGGUCUGGUAUAUAGUAUUAGAAUUAAUUAACCAGUGUAUUUUUUACAACUGCAUCAUUUUAGGCUUUAAAGAAUAAAUGACAACUUUUUCUGAA